AAAGAUUUCAGCGAGCAGCUACGAGAUGGUGUCGGACGGUUUCUUGGCGAUUACUUCUUCACUUGUAGCCUCAUUGAGUUCGCCGAUAUUAUCGCUGACAAUGUUUAUGGACCGGUUUAUAUGUACUACUUUACGAUGAGGUCCACAGCAAAUCCGUGGCCAAAAUGGAUGGGUGUUAUGCAUGGUUAUGAGAUCGAAUAUGCUUUUGGACAACCUUUGGCGAGGCCAUCGCUCUACGAUAAAAACUAUCUUGAAACUGAGCAACAUUUUGCCGCGUAUAUACAACAACUAUGGGCCGAUUUCUGCACUACAGGAGCUCCCGCGCCAUAUUGGCCAAAGUAUAAUCGGAUAGAGCGGAAAGCGUUGGUACUUGGAGAAGAAUCUAUAAAGGGUGAUCACCGUAUAUUGGUCGAUGUGCAUGGAUCAUAUUGUAGACUUAUCGACGAAGGAAAGACUGUUGCUGGGCAGGGUAAUUGUGGUUUGCUCUUUGACUUUGCAGUUCUACGCUUUCCAAAAAAUGAACAUAUUAAAAAAAAAUAA